AUGCCUCCACACGAGAAGGCAGGUAGUGUUGUUGCUCGCUAUGCAUCGACAAUGCGCAAGAUGUCAACUACCAAAAAACAAACAGUGUGGCGACACCGUCAGCGCAUCAAGCAAACAGCGGCCCAGAAGGCCUUAUUAAAAGUCAAACGCAAGAAGCAUCGUGAGGAGUAUGCAGCGGCUCUUAUUGCUGCCAGGGAUGUUGUAAAGGAGCAAGCUGCUCUACUGCGUGAAACAUUUGGUCGACACUCCGUCAACUAUUAUUUUGAAGAAAUUAUGCAGCAUUCACGGUUAACAGGUCGACGCAAGGUUACAAAGUGGAAUGCUUUUGUGAAAAAGGAGGUUGAGUGUCAUAACUCAGCACUACCAGCUGGCGAAAAACGGUACAAAGCCUGCGAGCUCAUGCCACAAAUUCGUGCACGAUGGAAAGACAUGGACGAACACCAGCGUACUGCUGAAACAGAAGAUAUCAUCGAGUCUAUGAGAGAACAUCGUGAAAUGAAGGAAUUAUCCUCUCAUAAUGUGAUGUUAGGUGCAUUGGCAGACACCAACAAGACUCUUGAGAAGGUGAACCGCGAGCUUACGACUUUGCACAGCCGUGCUGGCAUUGAGUUCAUUUUACUUGCUGUGCGAGGAGACACCGAACACUGGAACCAGCCUCACGUUUUCAACACCGCUCGCGCUGCAGAGUUUUUCGAUUCCUGCUUGAAGACUUCACUAGGAACACUUGCUUUCCGCUUCGAAGGAUAUUGUGUGGCAGGCGUGCAAGGCCUCGCAAAAACACAUCUAGAAGAGGUCCUUGAAUUGAAGAAGAAUUUGAGUGAAAUGAUCCUGCAAAAGCUUUGGACAGCGGCGUCACCCAAGCAGGUCCAGCGCAUGUAUUACACAAACUUCGACACCAAUAUAACUGCGAAGUACGGCGUGGUCCUCGAGAACUGGCCGCUGUCAAAAUUCUGCUGUCCAGGGGACAUCAAUUCACGCAACGAGCUCCGUGUCUUGUUCCAUGCUUGGGAGACUAAUUCUACUCGAUUCCGUCGGCUUUCAGAUGCUGAGUUUGGAGAUUGGGAGACUAGCAGGUUUAAUGCUGCGAUGGCUCAGAUGUCCAGCAAUACUGAUGUGGAUCUCUCAACAAGCGACACAGCGCUGCUUCCAGACUUACAAUCAUCCGACUUAGUGGAGGGCAACAGUUUGUCUAUACCCACAGCCGCUACAUCAACCGAUCAGCCUCCUCCACCGGCACCACAGCACAGGAAACGGCCAGCAGCAGAGCUCACUGGGGUCUUCUCUAUCUCUGGAGAGGGAGUUACAGUUGAAAAGAAAGCUCGUAAAGAGCGCUCCGACAAGGGCAAGAAGCGUGGUCCAAGGAAAGGCACCAGGGUAGCUACUCCUGCAGCUUCCACACCUUCCUAA